AUGUCUGUUAAAAAGCUCAAAGAUGACUUACUGACUGACACAGUAUCUCUCAAUGCACAUCCCAAACCACUGGCUGGUUGGGCUGAAAGUAAAUUUUAUGAGAUGAGGAGCUUCGUCAUCAUCGUGGUGCUAUCAGCACUCGCAGCCUGCUAUGGUUCUUCUGUCCUCCCUGGGAAGGCAAACAUGUUCUCAUCCUUCGUUCGAGAACAGAUGUCAAAGGGUUGGAUCUUGGAGCAUAAUGAAGAAGACGCUGCCCAGAACAGAGUCACUCUGACCAAAGGAGAAGGAGAGACGAGGGAGGGGAUGAGGAGCUUCGUCAUCAUCGUGGUACUAUCAGCAGUCGCAGCCUGCUAUGGUUCUUCUAUCCUCCCUGGGAAGGCAAACAUGUUCUCAUCCUUCGUUCGAGAACAGAUGUCAAAGGGUUGGAUCUUGGAGCAUAAUGAAGAAGACGCUGCCCAGAACAGAGUCACUCUGACCAAAGGAGAAACUAGUGAUGAUUAUAUUCUUUUCUAUCAGCAAACAUGUUACGUGCCAGCUAUACCCUACGACUUUGGGCGUUGCGAUGUGGUGUACCGUGGUGAACCAAACGAGAAAAUUUAUAGUAUCCAGAUUACCUCUUCCUGGCCACCACCUUCUUACAUCCAUUCCGAAGGGCUAGGGACUAAUGUUGGCCGAAUGAGGAGCUUCAUCAUCAUCGUGGUGCUAUCAGCAGUCGCAGCCUGCUAUGGUUCUUCUAUCCUCCCUGGGAAGGCAAACAUGUUCUCAUCCUUCGUUCGAGAACAGAUGUCAAAGGGUUGGAUCUUGGAGCAUAAUGAAGAAGACGCUGCCCAGAACAGAGUCACUCUGACCAAAGGAGAAACUAGUGAUGAUUAUAUUCUUUUCUAUCAGCAAACAUGUUACGUGCCAGCUAUACCCUACGACUUUGGGCGUUGCGAUGUGGUGUACCGUGGUGAACCAAACGAGAAAAUUUAUAGUAUCCAGAUUACCUCUUACUGGCCACCACCUUCUUACAUCCAUUCCGAAGGGCUAGGGACUAAUGUUGGCCGAGUACGUAUAGUAUCACAAUGGGGAGAGAUGCUUUACACAAUCGUUAGAAUGUAUGGCAAAAUUAUUGAAGAUAAUUCAGAAUCAUAA